GACGUAAUAUUAUUGUACGUUUGCUAACGUUCCCCCCUCCCCAUACCAAAAAGGCUGUUGUCGUGUAGCGCAAAUUUACCAAGAGCUCAGACGUACUAUUAAAAUGCCCUGUGGCAAAAACUUUAGAAGGAGAAGGGACUCAUCAGACGUAGAGGAGGAUGAGACGACUGAAGAAGUAAGAUCAAAAGUGGAAGAGGCUAAAGAGCUUCAGAGUUUGCGGAGACGACAAAAUGGAGUCAGUGUGACCGCCUUGUUGGUUGGAGAGAAAUUGCAACCCGAGGCUGAAAUUGAUAAUGACCCAUUUAAACUGAAGACGGGGGGCGUUGUGGAUAUGAAGAAAGUCAAAGACAGGAAUAGGGACAUGACAGAAGAUGAGACAGACCUCAGCUUGGGCACCUCCUUCUCUGCUGAAACUAACAGAAGAGAUGAGGACGCAGACAUGAUGAAAUAUAUUGAGACAGAGCUGAAAAAGAAGAAGGGCUUGGUGGAAGCCGAGGAACAGAAAAUCAAGGUUAAGGAUGCAGAGGACCACCUGUAUGAGCUUCCUGAAAGCAUCCGGGUCAACUCUGCCAAGAAGACUGAGGAGAUGUUAUCCAAUCAAAUGCUGAGUGGUAUCCCUGAAGUCGACCUUGGCAUUGAUGCAAAGAUAAAGAACAUAAUCCAUACUGAGGAGGCAAAAGCCAAACUUCUGGCAGAACAAAGGAACAAGAAAAAAGACAAUGGCACAUCAUUUGUACCCACCAACAUUGCUGUCAACUAUGUCCAACACAACCGCUUUUAUCAUGAGGAUGCGAAUGCACCGCAGAGGCACCACAGACACAGAGAAGAGCCCAAGGCAAGACCACUGCGUGUGGGCGACACUGAGAAACCAGGUCCAGAGGCAAAAUCACCACCCAAUUACCGCAAGCGUCCGAACAACGAAAAGGCCACAGAUGACUAUCACUAUGAGAAGUUCAAGAAGAUGAAUCGCCGAUAUUAAAAAGCUGUAUGUUUUUGUUUGAAGAAUAAAUAAUACAAUUCACUUCCUUUUUACAGAAAUAGUCCAUAAAUGAGCUUUAAGGGUCUAUGUUCCCCAAACAACUGUUAACGACAACUCCCAGGACAGCAUUGUACUUUGUGAAUAUUGUAUAUAGCUCUCUGUGGUUAUCUGUACUCAGUACAUUUGCAUUGUAGUGUGUUAUGUUGGAGGAUUAUUCAACAUAAAUGUUGCUUAUGUAGGGCAUGAUUGUCUUAUUAAGAAAUCAGUCAAAUAAGACAAGAUAUGUUAUGGAAAACAGGAAGGACAUGAAAGUUGCCCGUGUUUCUGCUCUAGAUUUAGAUUAAAUUUGUUUAUAACUUUGUCCACCCUUGUCUUUUUUAGCUGUACAGUUGUGUUUUUAAGGCUUUCAAAAACAGAUCUGAUUAAAAUGAUAAAAAAACA